CACAAACACACACGAGACAAGUUGGAGCGAGCGAAAAGGCGGUCACAUUUCCUCACCUGCAAACGUGAUUGACGCGGGUGUCUGUAUCAGUGGGUGUGUGCGUGUCGUGCCCGACACCCCGUUCAUGGAUAUGCUGACUCUACUUUCUUGGAAUCCAUGAGAAUCGCGUUAUCUUCGCUCGUGCAACAUCACACUCGCUCGCGCACAUUAUCCAUAGCGCAGAAGACAUCCAGGUGUCUCACUCACUCACCAGAACACACCACAAGAGAAGCGAGCUCGAACAGCCAACUGCCUGCUAUUCACUGAGGAAGAACUUUACGCGCACUGGACGCGUUUCCAUUGCUGCUGAGCCUCUUUGCGCUCCAUGGAGCAGGUGUUUAUUGACGAAAAGCCAUUUCUUGACUUUCUCCUCUGUCUUCCCAAGACGUUUGCUCCAGUCUAGUGACACUCUUCCAGUUUAUUUAAAGUUAACAACAACAACAACAACAAGAACCAUGGAUAACAGCCCAGGAUUUGGAGGGGUCAUCCUGUAUGCAGGCUCCUCAGGCAGUGCCAGUCCCAGCCCUGGCAGCCCCUCCAGCGGGUACCAGACACAGUCGCCCUCUUCACACUCCCAGCCCUCAUCUCCAGAGGAGGUUACUUUCACGGAGAUUGGGCCACUGAAACAGAGGGCAUCGGGGCGCACCACCCCAUCCUCCAAACUGAUAUUCCAGUUCCCAGAUGUCUACAGUGGCCCUUCAGUAGCAGCCACUCCACAGCAUACCUAUGCACACCCCAUCGCAGGAAAGAGGCCAUGCGGCAUCCCAGGAACUUUCACCAAAACUGGUGGAAUGGUCCUGCUUUGCAAAGUCUGUGGCGACAUCGCAUCUGGUUUCCACUAUGGAGUGCAUGCAUGCGAGGGUUGCAAGGGGUUUUUCCGACGCAGCAUCCAGCAAAACAUCAAUUACAAGAUGUGCGUGAAGAAUGAGAACUGUCUGAUCAUGCGCAUGAACCGAAACCGUUGCCAGCACUGCCGUUUCAAGAAAUGCCUCUCUGUUGGCAUGUCGAGAGAUGCUGUGCGUUUCGGCCGCAUCCCUAAGAGAGAGAAGCAGCGACUUCUGGAUGAGAUGCAGAGCUACAUGAAUAGCCUGAAUGAGUCAGCUGCCAUGGACAUGGACUCAACUACAGUGAGAGACACUCUCCCCAAAAUAGAAGAUAACACCUCCAAAGAGGCCAUUGGUGCCAUUUCCAGAGCGUACCGUGACAUCUUCACCAACAGCAACAGCAACAUCCAGGAGAGAGUAGCCAAGAAAACCACCGUCACCACUACUACCACCAACAAUAACAACAACACCACCUCUCUCUACUCUCAGGAUGCCACUUUUCCCAAAGUCUCAUCUCACCCCAACUUCACCCAGAGUUAUCAGUCUUGCCCUGUUGCCCCUGCCACCCUAAGCCCAGCUGCCCCCAAUGACAAUCAUCCUACAUUCCACAGUGUGGACAACAACCGCUACACCUACUUUGUGUCAGCAAAUCACAAUCAUAACCAGUUUAAUGGAACAGCACUUCAGAGCAGCACCUCAGUCAGUCAUAAUAAUUUUUGCAAUGCAGGAAGUGUCACAAAUCAGCCAUCCUGCCCAUGGAAAUUAGCUCCAGGAGCUAAAGUGCUGGCUUGUCCUCUGAAUGCAUGCCCUGUAUCAGGAGCAGAGCGCACGAGUCAGGAGAUAUGGGAAUCGUUCUCUCAGUGUUUCACACCUGCUGUCAAGGAGGUUGUCGAGUUUGCCAAGGGCAUUCCAGGAUUCCAAGAGCUUAGUCAACAAGACCAAGUCAUGCUGCUCAAGUCAGGCACCUUCCAGGUCCUGAUGGUUAGGUUCUGCACCUUGUUCAAUGCUGAAGAACGUACAGUGACCUUCCUUAAUGGACAAACUUACCCACUCUCUACCCUUCGAGGUUUGGGCAUGGGCUCCUUGCUGGAUGCAAUGUUCGAGUUCAGUGAGAAGUUGGGCUCUCUGGGGCUAGAACCAGAUGAAAUGGCCCUCUUCAUGGCUGUGGUACUGGUCUCUGCAGAUCGUUCUGGCAUUUCAGAUACGUGGGCUGUGGAGCAGCUCCAGGAGGGUCUGAUUCGUGCCCUGCGGUCACUGAUCAACCGACGUCGUCCAGACGACACCACCCUCUUUCCAAAACUCCUCCUGCGCCUGCCAGACUUGCGCACCCUCAACAAUCUACACUCUGACAAACUGUUGGCCUUUCGCAUUGACCCUUGAGCAGGCUCAUGGAACACACAGACAAAAACUUUUUUUACACAAAUGUAUACAGUACACAACAUUAACAUAACCUUCCAAGCCUCCUGCAAAUUACACAAAAAAGGAAUUUUGCACCUGAGGACCAUGCAGUGUUUUAUAAACAUAUAACCUUGUGUACAUUAACCAUAACACCUCUUGAAAGACAGUAUUCCCUAAAAAAUAGUGUAGAGUUACUAUUAUCCUUUUUGACAGAUCACUUUCUGCAUUCACUCCUUAUAUCCAAAGUAAUUAAAAAUAAAAGCAAGUUGACUUUUGUUUAUUCCUUAAGUCGCACAGUUUCAACAGGUCAUCACUGAGCGGCAAAUGAAAGAUGACAUAUUGUAGACAGUUAUUAAAUAUGUUUAUCACUUAGUACAACGUUUAUUACAUAGGGACCAUUAGUGAUGAUUGACCGUGAGUCAGUUUGUAUUUAAGGGAAAGGGAACCUGUAUAUAAUAUGAAGCAAAACCAGAAAUAUUAAGACAAUUGUGUAUCACUCUUUCACAAAUAAGCCAUCUACAUUAGCACUGGAAUGAGACCACUAUUUCAAUGUUUCGCUUGUAAACAAUGGGCUGCAUUGUGUCUUUUAUUAUUUUUGACUAAUCUUCCAGAUUUCAUUGGUCAAUGUAAGUUAACAAAAAAAGAUCUGUCUGCAUUAAUUCUAUCACAAGUAGCAGAUGGAGAGGCUCCAUGCAUGUUGGACUUUAUAAUUCCUUUGUAUAUUUUUGUACAUAUUAUUUCACCCUAGUGUUUAUGUAUCAAUGACUGAACUGGUAUAUAUGCAAGGGAUUGUACAGAUGAGUUCAGUGUAAAGAAGAAUGUAUUGACCUUCCUGUACUGGAUUAGGGUUUGGCCAUUGCCAAGGGGGCUUUACAAAGGAGACGGUGGUCGGGAUUCUCAGAUAGCUUUAGUCUCACGUCUUGCUAUCAGAUGAUGUAUAACCAACCAGCACAAUCCCUCAAAUCACCAGCAUUUGCUCCACAUGCACCCUUCCUCUGCCCAAAAUGUUUGUCAUACAAACACAAGAGAUAUUUUUGGGUGAGAGAUCUUAUUCGAUUGGUCUUCUCACUGUUUUGCUUGUUUGAUUAUGGCUGAUUGAGCACAUCUUGUAUAUUUUGUAAAUUUGUCUUCCUAUAUAGAAAUGAUCUAAUGAUAUAAAGUUUGAAUUAUGUAUUA